UGGCUAUUCAUUUCAGUCAAUGAUCGAAUCAUUGCGCGUUGGACAAAUAACCUUUAUUAUCCUGGCAAGGUUUCGGCAACCGGAAAUGGACUGAUACAUGUUUUGUUCGAUGACGGAGACAGGAUCACUCACACCGUCCGGGAUAUUUCAGCAGUAAUUCCUGAUCAACAACCCAGUCGCGUGAAAUUAGGGCAACAUGUGGUUGCCACGUGGAAAGGGGGUCAUAAAUACUACAUAGGAUAUGUGUCUCAAAUAGUUUCUGGCUCCCGGCCCUUCAAGGUUACCUUUGAUGACAACGAUGAAGAUUACUACCAGGCACAUCAGCUGAGGAAAUUUCCGGAUCAUCAGACAGCUCAUGAGGGUAAGGGGAGAGGCAAGGUUUAAGAAUAUUGUUGGGUUAAAAAACCGCUGAAUUUUGUCAGUUUUCCCUUCAACUGAGCAGCACAGAAAAUGACUGAAAGGUGAAGGAAAAGCCGUCUGAUUUUACGGCCAUCUUGACUUGAGUGUUAACCCUUUUCGGAAAGCCGGCGAGUAGCGAAAAAAACCUUAUUUUUCACCAAUUCCUCUUUUUUGGACUGGUUUUCGGCUAAUUAGCAUAGGAAUGGCUAAAAAGAGUUUUGCAAGAAAAAAGGCAUAUUUUCCGACUAACCCGACGUAAUUAAACAGCUUUUUUGUUGUUCACGCAUGCGCAAAAGCCAAAAUUUGGACUUUUUUCCGACUCUAUUUCCAUCUUUCUCUCUCGCUCUCUUUUUUCCUUCUUUUUCUUCUUUAUUGGUAGUUUUGAUGCUCGCUUUAUCUUCCUUCUUUUGCAUGGAAUUGUGGCUGGCUAACUUUUUAGGGAAGGGACAAAUUUAAUUUUCAAAGAGUAGUAUGUAAGCAGCGAAAUUGGCAGUGGAUUUUCCUCAAAAUGUUACCUCUUUUGUGCGCGUAACUCUGUCAGGAUUGGUCAGAAUAUCCAAAACGAGGUAUCACUGGAAAGAUAUAUCUCAGCUGACAUUGUUGCUUACCAAUUUAUUAACUUAAACUGAAAGCUAAAUGUAUUCAGGGAGGAAUGUAUUAAUAUCGUUCCAUAUGGGUCGUAUUCGACCCUAGCCUUCCGAAAAGGAUUUAAAGGAGCUGUGUCACGUAUUUUUUUUCAAACAGUGGAAACCGUCACCAGAUGGAGUCAAACAUUUAAAUAAACUGUUCAAAACAUGAAAAGAAGGUAUAAAUAACACGGCAAAUACAAAAGAAGGCACAGAUCGACAAUUUUGAAGAAGAUUGAAACGGACUGCAAUUCUGGUUUUUCGGAAAACUUGUUAGCAUAACAGUAAUUUUUGUUGUUUGUAAUCUAUUGUCUCAAGUUCCAUGACAAAAAAGAGGCGUUGUUGGCAUUGAUUAUUAUAAACAAAUGAACUAGACAGCCGUGUCACAGCCCCUUUCACAACUGGACUGACGACUGGAGUAUUGAAUAAGAAGGUCGUACCGGGGUCACGGUUUUCGUGAUACGUGAUUACCUAUUUUUAUUUUUCGUGAAUCGUGAAUUCCUCCUUGACCAAAUGGUUGUCCUUGCCCAGAGAUAAACUCGAAUUAAUAAUCUAUCUUCGUAAUUUUAUUACUUAAUAUUUUCCCUCAGUGAGUUUCAGUUUCGAGACCCCCGAAAGGUAAAUAAACACUAUGAAAGCAUCAAAUGAGAAUGAUGAAUUUUUGUAAGUUCCAGUCUUGCUUUUUUUUUUCGCCACUUUCAAGCUGUUUUUCAGAGACUGCUUUACCACUUUUUUCUUUGCGUAAGAACAAGUUAAAAACAGUACUUUACAUGCAUAGUGAGGUGAAUAUUUGCCUUUAAGUUUAUUAAGCUGCAUACCGACCCAAUAAACAGCUGCGCUUCUUAUCAAGGUUCUAAUUCGAUUGCUCUGAUACUUUCAGUCGGCGCCAGAGUGUUUGCUCGCUGGACAAAUGGUCUUUACUAUCGUGGAUUUGUUGCACGGGCAAACUCUUCGACUGUCUUUAUCAGAUACGAUGAUGGAGAUACCAUCACCCUUUACAAGAUAGACCGCACGGCAGUGAUCCUUGAUAAACUUCCAUGUUACUCUCAUAUCAAGCCUGGGCAGCGCGUCAUUGGUUUUUGGCCGGGGAGGACACGGUACUACCCUGGUGUGGUGACCUACAAAAGACCAACAGGCCUUGCCAAUUGCUAUCAGAAGGCUGUAUACUACGUGGUUUUUGAUGAUGGAGAUCGGCGAAUGCAGGAUUUUAAUCAGAUCCGCAUCAUUCCAUGCAUGACUACGGAAACAUAUACCAAUCAAUCAGGGUAA